CCUUUAAAGUGUGGUGACGAAAAGUAGACGGAGCGCGUCAAGAGCAAGGAGAUCUCGUAGUGUCGGAUAAUUUGUGUAUAGUGCCGAGACUGCGGUUUAUGCGCAUGUGUCAUGGUUAAAUUCAAGAUGCUAUUCGCGCUGUUCUGCGUUCUAUUGAUUGGACAACAUGUACAAGCGGUAGUCAACAAGGCGACCUCGCAAAUACCAUUAACCAAGGAAGAAGAGAAAUCUACCAAGGCCAAAGCCGAUGAUAGAAUAAGUAAUACUUUCGAUUCUCCGUCUGACGACUAUGGGCCACCGUUAGGAUCAAGUUUUAAUGGGCCAGCGCCGAUAUACGGACCUCCGGAGUUAGUCGGCAACCUUGGAUCAACGCCCAUUUAUUCACCACCACCGCCGGAAUUGCCGCCACCUGUAUUUGGACCGCCGGCCGUUUCAUACGGGCCACCACGUAUUAUCAAGCCGCAAUACGGUCCACCGAAACAAAGUUUCGGUUUGGCAAUAUCCUCCUUUGUUUCGAAGCCUACUUACGGCCCGCCAAAGCUCCAUUACGGACCGCCGAAACAACAUUUUACGCCGCCGUCGGCUUCGUUCUCGUCGUUUAUAUCACCGAAACCUCAAUACGGUCUGCCAUUGAAGUUCAUUAGUACAUCGAGCCAGCAAUAUAUAUCGCCGUUACCGGCGAAUCAGCACGGGCCGUCCAAGCCCGGCCACGGACCACCUAUUCCUAUAUCGCUUGAGACUUACGGUCCGCCGCCUCCAAAAUUAGCUAUUCAGUUUAAUCCUCUGCCCAAUGACGAGUACGGUCCACCGCCGCCGCCCGUAUCCGCGCCGCAACCGCAAUACGGUCCGCCGGCUGGUGAUUUAUACGGACCUCCACCACCAGCACCUCCGCCAGGAGUUCCAGCGCCACCCACACCACCUGACAUAAAGUACGAUGGAUGGCAGCCUAUUGCCGGAGUGGCCACCUCCCCUAAUCAAAGUGGUCCACUGACAGAUACAUAUGCUUCUCCCCUCGAAGCAAAGCAUAAUUACAUCGAAAGUUCAUCUUCUUCGGGAUCGCAAUUAUCUCACGCUUCCCUGAGCGUUUCGACGAAUUCAAAUGUGCCUAGCGAUUCUUACGGGAUGCCGUUAAAUAAUCCGGAGGAUCACGAUUUGAAGACGUCUGUGCAUGAAUCCUCGGCUUCCUCGGAGAGCAAUGGAUUACCGCCGCCGCUGUUACCGCAACACGAACCCCUACACAAUAAUCAAGGCCCAGGCGCUACGACUAGUCAAUCCGAUCAUCAGUUCGGUCGGCAACAAUUGAAUUUACAGCACGGAACGCCAAACAUCGAACCUUUAUCCAUCAUAAAAACAGUAGGCUUUGAACUAUUACCCACAACGGGCGCUUUGAAUGCGGAUCUCUCAGGUUUAUCGUUAUCAGGUGGUACUACUUCCGACGUCUCGUCGUUCAAUCAUAUCUCGAAUUCGAUUAAUGCCGAUUCCGCGUCGCUUCACGCGGAGUUGACGUCAAACGAUGACGGAUCUCACACUGCUGCUUUAAGCAAUGGCGGAGAUUCUCACGGAUUUCAGAAUAUAGAGAACGAUCUGUCCUUGCAGCAGCUACCGCAACAGACGCCAUCGAAUGAUUACGGCCCGCCUUUAACAACCGCGACUUUUGGAAAAUCCGCUGACUUUAUAUCAGGGACAUCCUUGCUUUCUCCUCCGCCUUUAGAUUCUUACGGCGCACCACCUCUGUCUUCUUACUCAUUUACUGGACCUUACCCAGCAGCGCAAGGAGGACGAGGUGGACAACUGUUUUCGUCAUUCGGAAUAUUCGGAAGCUCUUUUAACAAACAAAAUCUGCACCAUCAUAGACUUCAUGGUCCAUUUAGGCCACCACCCAUUCUCCCCGGUUCUUUGAUACCACCGCGAAACCGGGAACCGAUCAAAUUCAGAGAACCGAUACCAACAGGGCUUUUAUCAAAUAUUAAUCGAUACUUACCGCCGCCUACAAAACAGCAGUUGCCGAACGUCCACGCGCCGGUAUCUUUUCGCCAUACACAGGGCUCGAACAAUUUAUUCUCUGGCUCUUUCGCAUCAUCUGGCUCGUUUAACGUACAUAAUUUAAAUUCUCCGAUUGCCGCACCGCAUGUUCAAUACGGAACGCCGUUAUCGUUCACUGAUUUCAACACACCAGCGCCUCAUUUAACUUAUGGAGCGCCUAACUUUGGCCCACCGACCUCUUUCAUUUCAACGUCUUCCGGAUUUGGCAGCAAUCUCUACAGCGGAAUUAAUAACGUGCUGACAACGACAUAUGGCACGCCUAUGGUAAACGCACCGUUAUCAAUCGGUGGCGGUCACGAUUGUAAUUCCUUGCAGCCGCUUUUGCCUGUGAACGGAGCGUUACAUUUAAACAAAGGAUUGUCCGUGAGCGGAGAGUUACCUUUAAGCAGUAGUUUAACUUCAAACGGAGAAUCGCAUUUUAACGGAGAUCUGCACUUGAGUGGAGGCUUAUCUUUAGGCAGUAAAGUGCCCUCGGGCGAGAGGCCAGCAUCGUUGGAUGCUGGAUUACCUGCGCAUGGAGGCGUGCAUUCUGGCGGCAACUUGCAACUCGGUUCUGAAAAUGUGGGGAUUUCUGGGGGAAACGUAGAAACCCCCGGUCCAGUUUUUACCAAUUCUCUGUCUACGAGCUUUGCGAACUCCGCGGGAAGCGAUUUAUCUGACAAUAAUCAUCAAAAUCCCAUUUUUACGGGCAAUUUAUUGCCGCUUAUUAAGCCGCUUGAUAAUUUCCUGGGAGGUCCGCCGGUAAAUACACUAGAUUUACAACAUAAUGAACAACAGAAAACAAAUCUCAAGGAUAGUUACGGCAAUCCCGUAGGAUUAACUUUCGAUUCGUCCAACGAAGCGAGUGACACCAGAACUGUUCACGCAUCUACUACGGAUGUUUCGAACGAGCUCCCUGCGCAUCCGUCUAGUCAGUCUCAUAGCUAUUCCGCGGCAACGUUUGAACAUGGCUCGGGAAUAUCGGCUGCAGCGCUGACAGCAAGCUUGACUGCGCAGACCUUCGGCCAGCAAAAGAAUCUCGAAUUAAACGAGGUGGAUGCUAGUCAAUUUUUGAAAUCGAGCGAGGGUAGCGAGGCAUUGUCUCUGGCGCAGCGGCUGACCGCUGACAAUGCCGACGGUUUUGAGAUUCACGGUUCCAAGGGCACGUACAGAUUGCAGAUACAACCAGCAGACGGAGGCUUGGGCACCGAGAACUCGGAUGGCAGCAUCAGACACGAUCAGGUAUUAUCUAAUGGCCUACUUCAAGAUAUAUUGGCCGCUAUAGAACAACCGGAAAAUGGUGCUAUACAACUACAAGGUUCGCCACAAGUUCAGCAAUUGGAAAAAGUUUUCGGUCCUGAUCUGCCGCAAGAAACUGGUAUCAUUAAUGGCCAUUUUAUUACCGUAGAUAGUCAAGGACAAAACAACAGAUUACAAAAUCAAGUCGAGAAAGUUAGCGAGAAAAGAGAAGACGUUAAAUACUCAAAAAAUCAGCCAUCAAUCGCUUUAUUCUAUGAUACUAAAUAUGGAGAAACGAAAAAGGAAAUCAGAUCUGUGUCAAAAAGCGAGAUGCAGACCGCGAAGGCGAAUGAACAAAAUAACAGUCAAACAAAAUCCUCUUUAAUCUCUAAAUCGUAA